CUAGGAUUGGUACUAUUGUCAAUUUUGGGGGUUGUGUGAAUUAUCCUCUUAUUGCCAAAUAAAGCCAAUGGACUAUGAAAGCUUGUGGGACCUUUAUUGGCUUAGCAAUUAAUGAAUGAAAGGAAGUGGCACCAUUCCAAUGCAAAGCCCAAGCUGGUAUAUCUCUUCCACUGGAUGAAGGUGAAAAAGCUCUUCCUUUUCUUUUACUCCAAACUCAGACCCUUGAAAGCCAUUGAAGAAAUAGCUGCAGAACUGAACAAGAAAGAUUUGAACUCCGCUGACCCUUGCAACCAACCGACUUUUACAGCACAGGAUAAUUACGAAAAUGAAAUCUUCUGCAAUUGCUCCAUCUCUGCUAAUAGUACAUGCCAUGUCCAAAGAAUAUCUUUUACAGCACAGGAUCUUGAUGGUAAUCUUCCACCAUCCCUAUGGAAGUUACCUCACCUUAAGCAAGUUAAUUUGGAACGGAACCUCCUCCGUGGUCCGAUACCAAGAGAGUGGAAUUUGACAAAGUUGGAAAGAUUGAUCAUUAAUGCCAACAAUUUAUCAGGACCAAUUCCUGCCCAUUUAGGAAGCAUAACCACUCUCACUCGUUUGUCCAUGGAGAGCAACUUGUUUUCUGGAACUAUUCCCUCUGAGAUUGGGAAAUUGGUCAACUUGGAAUAUUUGACUCUUGCUGCAAACAAUUUCACUGGAGAGUUCCCUGAUCUCACUAGUCUCACCAAGUUAAAAGAACUAAGGAUCAGUAGUAACUACUUCACAGGAAGGAUGCCUGAGUUUGGCAAUUUGAAACAGCUUCAGAAGUUGGAGGUGGAAGCAAGUGGUUUCGAUGGGCCAAUUCCUUCUAGUAUAUCUAACUUGAACAAGCUAAUAGAAUUAAGGAUUACUGACUUAAAUGGGGAGAUGAGCUCAGAUUUUCCGAACUUGAUAAACAUGACAAACAUAGAAAGAUUGGUGCUGAGGAGCUGUAAUUUAAGAAGAAAUAUUCCGAAAUAUAUUCGCAAUUUGAACAUUCUAGAAAUCUUAGAUCUCAGCUUCAAUAAGCUAGAAGGGGAACUUCCAAAUUUUGUAAAUAUAAGAAAACUGAGAAAACUGUAUUUGACAAGUAACUUACUCAGUGGGUCUAUUCCAGAGUGGAUUAAAAACAGAGGCACUGACUACCAAAUAGAUAUUUCUUACAAUAAUUUUUCUGAGGAAUCUGAACCAUCCACUUGUCAAGAUACUUUCAAUCACUUCCGGAGCACAUCUGGCCAAAAGAAUAACUCAAUGCUCAACAAGUGCCUGGCUCCAUGUUCAAAAGAUCAUUACUCGCUGUAUAUAAACUGUGGUGGAAAACAAACUACCAUUGGAGGCAUCAAGUAUGAAGGGGAUGAGGAAUCGGCAGGUGCUGCAAAAUUUUUCCGUAACUCAGCCUCUACUUGGGGAUUUAGCAACACUGGUGAUUUCUGGGGUUCUAGAAAUCUUGAUCAAAUAGACUACAUAGCAAACAAUGUAUCUGUAUUAGGAAUCAACAAUUCUGAGCUCUACACAACCGCACGCAUCUCGCCUCUUUCACUAACUUAUUUUGCUCGCUGCUUAGGAAUUGGAAAUUACACUGUGAAACUUCAUUUUGCAGAGAUAGUAUUCAGAGACAACAGAUCUUAUUACAGUUUUGGGAGACGAAUUUUUGAUGUUUAUGUUCAGGGAAAACUGGUGUUCAAAGAUUUCAACAUUGAAAAGGAAGCUAAAGGAGUUGAUAAGGAAGUUAUCAUAGUAGUUAAGGCAGUUGUUGUGAGUCACAAGACACUUGAGAUCCGCUUGCAAUGGGUAGGCAAAGGAACAAAGAAUGUUCCAAACCGAGGAAUGUAUGGUUCUAUAAUGUCAGCUGUCUCAGUAAAGUCCGAAUUCGACCCUCCAAAACAGAAAAGAGACAUAAAAUUCAUCAUCAUUGGAGCGGUUUCAGCUUUUUGUCUUAUUUUCAUAGCUUCAGGCAUUAUUUGGUGGAAAUUCUAUUUUGGAAGAAAGGAAUCCAGGGAUGAAGUUCUGAGAGGACUAGAUCUAAAAACUGGUUUCUACACCUUUAAACAAAUUAAAGCUGCCACUAACAACUUUGAUGCUGCAAACAAAAUCGGAGAAGGCGGAUUUGGAUCAGUCUACAAGGGUGUGCUAUUAGAUGGCACCAUUAUCGCAGUUAAGCAACUUUCAUCCAAAUCAACACAAGGCAAUCGUGAAUUUAUAAAUGAGAUAGGCAUGAUUUCUGCAUUACAACACCCGAAUUUGGUCAAAUUGCAUGGAUGUUCUGUUGAAGGAAAGCAACUAUUCUUGGUUUAUGAAUACAUGGAGAACAAUAGUCUUGCACAUUCUUUAUAUGGUCCUGAAGAGGGUCAACGAAGAUUAGACUGGAAUACAAGGCAAAUAAUAUGUAUAGGCGUUGCAAGAGGUCUGGCUUUCCUACAUGAGGAAUCAGCACUGAAAAUUGUACAUAGAGACAUUAAAGCUACAAAUAUAUUAUUGGACAGGGACCUUACCGCAAAAAUAUCAGACUUUGGUUUGGCCAGACUAAAUGAAGAGGAAAAGACCCACAUUAGCACCAGAGUUGCUGGAACUAUAGGAUAUAUGGCCCCAGAGUAUGCAAUGUGGGGUUACUUAACUGAUAAAGCAGAUGUGUACAGUUUUGGAGUUAUGGUAUUGGAAAUUGUGGCUGGCAAAAACAACAUGAGAUAUCGCCCGAACGAGAACUUUGUGUGCCUUCUAGAUUGGGCCAUUUUCUUGCAACAAAAGGGAGAUAUAAUGGAGUUGGUGGAUCCAAAGUUGGGGACCAACUUCAAAAAAGAAGAGGCGAAAAGAUUGAUUAAGGUAGCUCUAUUGUGCACAAAUUCAUCACCUUCCCUUCGCCCCGCCAUGUCUGCAGUAGUGAGCAUGCUAGAAAACCAGACAACCAUCCCUGAAUUGGAUAUGGACUCAAGUAUUCAAGAUGAUCUCUUCAAGUUCACCGGAUUGCGAGACAAGCUUGAUAAAAUAUCACAACAAACCUCAAGAGAAUCUAAUAGUCUUCUUGCUCAUUCAUCCAACUCAUCAUCAUGGAUUGAUUCUACCUCUGCAUGAUCUCUUUAUCUUUAGUUAGAGUUCACAUUAGAUCUCUUCCUUUCUAUUGUUUUCCAUAUAGCUAUGUCUUUAUAUUUAGGCAAGUUAAAGUGUAAACUAGAAUUAUUAGCACACAGUAAAAGAAAGCUAUCCUUGAAUUAUUCAUUUUGCAUGUGUUGUUACUAAAAACAAUUGGCUCAAAACAAAUCAUGUAUAACCUUACUAGUUAAGGGAAAGUAAUUCAUGAGUCCAUGAGUUUCAAAUAGAAAUACAAAUGACAUUUGACAUACUAUUUUAUUAUAAAAUAAUUAAUAAAAACAAUAUUAUUUUGAAGUU